UUAAAGUCUAAAGUAAAGGCAAAGUCAAGAGAAAAUCUAAAGUCUAGACAAAUGGUAAAGUCUAGAGGAAAUGAGUAACAUUGAGUGCGAACAUUUACUUAUUUAGAGCUGGUUUCCUUUUGUGCCUUCUCGUUUAUUUUCUCCUUAUUGUUUUCCUUUUGUGCUGACGCUGUGGUGUUUUUGUUCUGUAUUUACGUAGGAAAAUGUUUGCAGUAAAAUCCUGUUAUACUGUCAUCAUUUGUCUGAAGAAAUUUCGGCAUUAUAAAGGGGUUGGACAUUGUAUGGAGGGAGGCAUAGAAAUCUAUGAAAUAAUUGUUAAGAAAAAAAGGUAUGGGGGAGGAGGGCUUUGAGAUAUGUUGAGGUAUGGAAGGCGGCUAGUGAAACGAGGAAAAGUAUGGAUACACGUGUUGUAAUUAAUAUGUCUACUGGAGCAACUCCUUGAAAAGUAGAAAAGACACCAUUACGUCAACCAAAGAAAAAAAAGAUAUUUUUUUAAAGCCGAGACUUCAAAACAACAGGAAAUAAUGAUCCUAUUAAAAUUCAAGAUCAUAUUUACAAUGUUACUGCAAAGGUCCCUACAAUGUUACUACAAAGGUCCCUACAAUGUUACUACAAAGGUCCCUAUAAUGUUACUGCAAAGGUCUCUACAAUGUUACUACAAUGUUACUACAAAGGUCUCUAUAAUGUUACUACAAUGGUCCCUACAGUGUUACUACAAUGGUCCCUACAAUGUUACUACAAAGGUCCCUACAAUGCUACUUCAAAGGUCCCUACAAUGUUACUACAAAGGUCUCUACAAUGUCACUACAAAGGUCUCUAUAAUGUUACUACAAAGGUCCCUACAAUGUUGCUACAAAGGUCCCUACAAUGUUACUACGAAGGUCCCUACAAUGUUACUGCAAUGUUACUACAAUGUUACUACAAAGGUCCCUACAAUGUUACUACGAUGGUCCUUACAAUGUUACUACAAAGGUCCCUACAAUGUUACUACAAAGGUCCCUACAAUGUCACUACGAUGGUCCCUACAAUGUUACUACAAAGGUCCCUACAAUGUUACUACAAAGGACCCGACAAUGUUACUACGAUGGUCCCUACAAUGUCACUACAAAGGUCCCUACUUGAUUAAGUACUGUUUGUUAUAUGUUAGGAUUUGUUUUUGUAACUCUACACAAAUAUUAACUUGUAUCAUGUAUCCGCCGCAAGUUUCCUUUAACAAAAAACGACCUUCAGUCUUAUCUAAUAGUUUGCUGAUAUUUUUGAAGUUACUGAUUUUAAUUUAUAAAAUUAGUAUGGAUACUCAAUGCCAACAAAUGAUAAAUAUAUUUAAUAACAGUCAUUAUUCAAUCCAUCAAUUAUCACGUCUAGAGCAUAAUGCUUAUUUCAGUGUAAUUGGAAUCAAAAGGUGCCAGAUUGUCUACCUACCAGGGUAAAAUCACAUUAGUCAAAGUCUAGAUAAAAUACAACACGAGGAACAGAUGAUACACCACAGCGAAUGGGGAGAGGACAACAACAAAAAACAAGGAGAUACUGAAGCAAAAGAAAAAAACAAGGACAGAAACAGAGGAGACAU